GUAACAUGAUUUUUGGCCCACCGUAUCACAACCACAAUUUAAAAAUAUUGGCUUAUAGUACCCAUACCUAUUCAUAGUAUAUAUAUGGGAUAGGUCCUUUAAAUUGAAUCAUUGCAAUUUGCACUGAUAUCUACAAAAAUCUCAAUUAGCCAUGGCUCCAAGUUCCAACUCUUCCAAUUCAUUGUAUGAAUUUGUUGUGAGAGAUGGAAAUGGAGUGAAAGGCCUGGUAGAUUCAGGUUUAUCAGAGGUUCCAGAGAGGUACAUACAACCCCCAGAGGAACAGAUCAACAAGCUAGAGUCAAGUCCAUGUGACAUGCAACCCAUUGAUUUAUCAAAGCUCAAUGGGCCUGAGCAUGACAAAGUGGUGGAUGAGAUUGUUGGUGCUGCUGAGACACUUGGCUUCUUCCAGGUUGUUAACCAUGUUGUGCCUGUUGAGUUAUUGGAGUCACUUAAAGAAGCAGCACACACAUUUUUCAACUUGCCACCAGAGAAGAAAGCUGUUUACAGGGCAGGGGUGAGCCCAAGCCCAAAAGUGAAAUAUGGGACCAGCUUUGUGCCUGAGAAAGAGAAGGCAUUGGAAUGGAAAGACUAUAUUAGCAUGGUGUAUAGCUGUGAUGAAGAUGCACUUCAAUAUUGGCCAAAUCAGUGCAAGGAAGCUGCACUUGAGUAUUUGAAGUUGUCAUCCAAGUUGGUUAAACAGCUUGUGGAAAUCUUGGUAGGUAAGCUCGGAGUCGAACUUGAUGACUCAAAAAUUGAGUCCCUUCUUGGUAUGAAGAUGGUGAAUAUGAACUACUACCCAGAGUGCCCGAAUCCAGAACUAACAGUGGGUGUAGGGCGCCACUCAGACAUGGGAACCAUCACAGUGCUACUCCAAGAUGGCAUUGGUGGCUUAUAUGUCAAAGUAGAAGAAGACAAUGAUGCUGAAAAUGGAGAGUGGCUUGAAAUUCCACCAACUGGAGCUCUAGUCAUCAAUAUUGGUGAUACUUUGCAGAUACUGAGCAAUGGGAAGUACAAGAGUGCUGAACACCGAGUAAGGACAACAAGCACACAAUCCAGAGUAUCAGUUCCUGUGUUCACUGUGCCUCUAGCUUCAGAGAGGAUUGGACCAUUGCCAGAGGUGGUGAAGAAAGAUGGCUUGGCACGUUAUAAGGAAGUUGUGUGGCAGGAUUACAUGAACAACUUUUUUGGGAAUGCUCAUGCUGGAAAGAAGUCUCUUGAUUUCGUAAAAAUCAACUCUGCCAAACUAGAAUGAAGAUUGAAUCAAAUCAUGUGACCUCUCUCAUGGGUCUUCUACACAUGAAACGUUGCCUCUGUCUGCACAAUACUCUGUUUUGUUUUUCUCGUUCCCAGCACUCUGUUUUUCUUUUGUGUACCUUGUUCAAAUAAGGCUCUCUAUUAAAACAAAUCAAACGAAUGCGAUUAUUUUCUUGUCAA